AUGCGGCUUCAUCUCUUCGUGGUGUGUGCUAGGGGUGGUGUUGCUGCGCUCAGCGCUUUUGUAUCCUGCCUUGGGUGUGUGUGGUGUUGGCGUGCGUUUGUAUUGGAUGAUGUGGAUCUUUGCUUUAUAUAUAAAGCGGGGCGAAAGCCUUUUUCGGCAAUGGUACAUCAAACCAGAAGUUGCUCUCCUCUUCUCCUCUCUUUCACAACAAUACAUACAAAAGCUUCCAGAUUAGAUAUGGCUUUCCACAUGAGAUCCAUAAGUUUGCCUUCUAGGCCUCAGGCCAAUGAGACCGAGGUUGAACAAGAACUGCUGAGCCUAGAGGCAAGUAUCUCUUCUUCCAUUACCAUCGGCACGAUGUGUGAUGGUCUGAGGAGGCUUGGAGACAUCUACAAUGGUGUUGAAGAGAUUAUUUGCCUACCAAGCAAUCAAGUUAGCUCCUCUCAGCGGAGGAAGAUGUUGGAUGGAGAGAUGGAAUGCUCUCUUGAGUGGUUGAACCUCUACAGUAACAUGCAAGAGAUCUUCAUCGAAAUGAAGGUCAUCAUCCAAGAGCUGCACAUGGCUCUGAGAAAAGGGGAUGAUGCAGCUGCUCAAGCCAAGAUCCAGUCUUACACCCGCUUGGCGAAGAAGGCCAAGAAUCAAUUCAAGAAGACCACGAAAAAGACUCCUGCAGAUUGCAAGAUGGUCAUGCUAUUGACCAAGGCCAGAGAGAUAUCUGUCUCUCUGCUGGAGUCCACACUACAUUUCUUGUCGAAGCAAAUUGAAAUGCCUAAACAAUCUCUUGUUUCCAAGGCAUUUCACAAAAAGAAGGCAGUUGUCUGCAAGGACGAGCAAUUGCAGGAGCUAGAGUGCAGUAUCGGAGAUCUUGAGAGUGGAGCAGGACAUCUGUUCAGGAAAUUACUCCAGAGCAGAGUUUCUCUACUCAACAUUCUUAGCUCAUAGAUACUCCCAAGUCACUCUUGACGCCCUGUGGUUGGCAUCCGCCUUUUAAGGAAUAGCUGAUCUUCAUACAAGUUUCCCAUAUGUAUACACUAUACAGUAUAAAUGUACAGGAAAUAUAGAAAGAGAAACCAAAGUUUUGAUCCAUUAGACCAUUUCAUGCUUGAAGAUGUGUUUGUGAUCCGAGUAUAGUUUAUUUUGAUAUCCUUGGUUAGUCGAUCUUGCUCCUAAUGCAUGAAACAUGCCAGAUCAAAGUCACAACGUCUCCACCACCACCACAUGGCUGUGCAGUCUGGCACUACAAGUGAAUAUAUUUCUUGCUUCAGAAUGCAACAAAGUCCAAAUUAGUUAACUCAAAUUAUAAUAUAAUCACCAUCUGCAUCAUUUAAGCAUUUAAGCCAAAAAAAUAGCACAAACAUGUAAUUUAGAGCCACAACUCUGCUUUUGUCCUACAGGAUUAACAAUAAUUUGGGCAAGUCCUAAUUAAGAAUUCAAACUUGCGAGGGCGCAAAGUUUGUGUUCCUUUCCUAUAGUAAUUCUCAGUACACAAACAACAACCAAUGUUUUAUAUGCUUAUUGGCACACAUCAAAAGCGUGUUUUUGUACAUGCUCAUAAGAGAUCUUCAGAAUGGAGCAGGAAAUUGUUCAGGAAAUUAUUUCAGAACAGAGUUUCUCGAUACUCCACGUCACACUAUGCCCUGCGAUUGGCACCCGCCUUUUUGAGGAUUAGCUGAUCUUGAUGCAGUUUUUCCAUAUGUAUAGAGUACAAAUGUACAGAAACUGUAGAAAGAGAAACCAAAUUUUGACCUGUUUCAAAUUUUGUGA